CAGCUCCCAGGUCAAGCUCCAGAGCGAGUUCAGACACAGAGGACUGCUCCUCUUCCCAAAGCUCUCCAGCCAAGGCACGCAACACAACACAGAAAGCCCAGAGCCAGCCAUGGCGUCGCCGAGCAGCUUCAAGGUGACCCGGAUCUCGGAGGGCCCGGUGAAGCCGGCGUCCCCCGACACGCCGGGCCACACGCUGCCGCUGGCGUGGGUGGACCGCUACCCGACCCACCGGGGCCUGGUGGAGUCGAUGCACAUCUUCCGGUCGGGCGCCGACGCCGCCCCGGGAGUCAUCCGGGACGCGCUCGCCAAGGCGCUGGUGUUCUUCUACCCGCUGGCCGGCCGCAUCGUGGAGCCGGAGAAAGAGGCGGCGGCUGCGGCGGCGGCGGCCGCGGCAGGGGAGAACGGGGAUGGGGAGAAGAAGGCCCCGGCGGCGUCGUUCCCGCUGGGCGUGCGGUGCGCCGGGGACGGGGUGUACUUCGCGGAGGCGGAGGCGGAGUGCAGCCUGGAGGACGUCCGGUUCCUGGAGCGCCCGCUGCUGCUCCCCAAGGAGGACCUCGUCCCGUACCCCGGACCCGACAAGUGGAGCGUCGAGCCGCACAACACCAUCAUGAUGAUGCAGAUCACGAAAUUCACCUGCGGCGGGUUCGUGAUGGGCCUCCGGUUCAACCACGCGUCAGCGGACGGCAUGGGCGCGGCGCAGUUCAUCAAAGCCGUGGGCGACAUGGCGCGGGGGCUCCCGGAGCCGGCGGUGAAGCCGGUGUGGGACAGGGAGAAGUUCCCGAACCCGAGCAUCAAGCCCGGCCCGCUCCCUGAGCUCCCCGUGCUAGCGCUGGACUACAUCGUGCUGGACUUCCCCACGGGCUACAUCGACGGGCUCAAGGCGCAGUACAAGGCGCACAGCGGCAAGUUCUGCUCCGGGUUCGACGUGCUGACGGCGAAGCUCUGGCAAUGCCGGACCCGGGCGCUGAACCUGGAGCCGGGCGCCACGGUGAAACUCUGCUUCUUCGCCAGCGUGCGGCACCUGCUGAAGCUGGACCCGGGAUACUACGGGAACUCCAUCUUCCCCGUCAAGAUGUCGGCGCCGAGCGAGAAGGUGCUGGGGUCGUCUGUGAUGGAGGUGAUCGACAUGAUCCGGGAAGCCAAGCAGAGGAUGGCCGUGGAGUUCUUUCAGUUUGCUAAAGAGGAGACGAAGCAGGACCCGUUCCAGAUGAGCUUCGACUACGAGUCCAUCUACGUGUCCGACUGGAGCAAGCUCGGGUUCUCCGACGUGGACUACGGCUUCGGCCCGCCCAUGUUCGCCGGGCCACUGGUGAACAACGACUUCAUCGCCUCCGUCGUCAUCCUCAAGGCGCCGCUGCCGCUCGACGGCACCAGGAUGCUCGCCAGCUGCGUCACCAAGGAGCACUCCGACGAGUUCGUCCGCGGCAUGAAGGAGGACAUGCCCUGAGCUUUCUCUUCGGCAGGGCGUCGAGUGGAUUGGUUGAUAUUGUUGGUGUUGUAUUUGUAUUAUCUUCUCAUGUAUACUUACUCCUUACUAUACCUUCUUCUGCUUUGUAUUUGUUUUUGGCUUCUACAUCUUACAUCUUGGUCAAUACGUCCCCUACAUUCUACAGAAUCUAGAGAGCCGAUUCAAGCUUUCACCGUUUGUUUGGAACGAGACAAUAAAAAUGAUAUAAGUAGUGCAUUUGAUUACA